CCGUGCGUCUUUCACACACGCUCACACAGUGAAGGUGAGUCGUUGAUCAACGACACGGAGCAGGCACCGCCAGGGUUACAUUUUUUUCUCCGUUAAAUAGUUAAGUAGUAAUUAAAAGGCACCAUGGCCGAUAAGAUGGAUAUGUCACUCGAUGACAUUAUCAAACAGAACAGGCAGCAGAGAGGCGGAGGUCGCGGCGGAGGAGGCCGCGGCAGGGGAGCCUCCGGCCGGGGCGGCGGAGCUCCGCGUCUCGGAGGCGCAGGAGGCGGAGGAUUUGCAGGCAGAGGCGCAUCCGGCCCCAUGAGAGGCCGACAGAACCUCAACCGAGGCCGAGGAAGACCGACUCCUUACAACAGGCCCAAGCAGAUGCCCGACAAAUGGCAGCACGACAUGUUCAACAACGGCUUCAACGGCAACGCCGGCGCCGGCGUGGAGACCGGAGGCAAGCUGCUGGUCUCCAACCUGGACUUUGGCGUCUCUGAUGCCGACAUUCAGGAGCUGUUCGCUGAGUUCGGGACGCUGAAGAAGGCGGCGGUUCACUACGACCGCUCAGGGAGGAGUCUGGGCACCGCGGACGUCCACUUCGAGAGGAGGGCCGACGCCCUGAAGGCCAUGAAGCAGUACAACGGAGUCCCCCUGGACGGGCGGCCGAUGAACAUCCAGCUCGUCACGUCACAGAUCGACACGCAGCAGAGACGGCCCCCCAUGCAGGGGCUGAACAGAGGCGGCGCCGGCGGCGGCGGCAUGAACAGAAACCGGGUCGGGGCGUUCGCCGGAGGCAUGCAGCCGCGGGGUCGUGGGGGUCGCGGGGCAGGAGGACCCCGGGGUAAAGGUCGCGGCGCCGGUGCUGGAGGUCGCGGCGGCGGCGCCAGCAAACAGCAGCUCUCUGCCGAGGAGUUGGACGCCCAGUUAGACGCCUACAACGCCCGGAUGGACACCAGCUAAGAAGGCCCCGCCCCCUCGUCAUCUGCCCCCCCACUCGUACUGCACAGAUGUUGUGAUGUGCAGAAUGUUAUACACUUGUUCUCAUGUGCAGGAUGUCUUGCACUUGGUUAUGUGAAAUUUGUGUACCAAUUAUUUUAAAUCCUCUGAAGUGUUUUUUACCAAUUUAUGCCGCUUUUCUUUUUUUUAAUUUUUUUUGAAGAAAACUUGGUUUGACUGUAGGUUGUAGCGUCGGCCUUUUUCCUGUUGGCUGAUCCGUGUCCUUGUACAUGACUUUAAUAAACCUGCAGUAUAUAACCAGCCA